GUGCACAAUCUGUUAGAUGGAAGAUUUACAAAACUUUUUUCUAGGAUAUUGAAGUUGUGUAUGGAUAUUUCUACACGGACAGUGUAAUUUUACAGGGGAAACUAUGCGAUUUAUAUGUUCUUUAUAAAUAGAUACAAACAACAACACGCCGGUGCCUAAAUUGUUGAAGUUGUUGUUGUUGUUGGUGCACACUGUAGUUAACCUGUGUCUGGCAACCUGUGUCUGAGAUUGUCAGGGAUUUGCGGAUUAUCUUCAGAAAUCUCACCAAGAACAAAAGGAUGGGAGACAAUUUACCUGAUCAUAUCACACGAGUUAAUGCUGUAUCAUAAUCCUAUAUCGGAUAUGGUGUUAUUAUUGUAAAAACAGGAUUAACAUUCACAGGUAGCUUAAGUAAUAUAUACCAAGUGUACAUCUCUAUCUGGAAUUUUACUGAUUUGAGUUCCACCAGUAAAACGGUUGGACUCUCGGACUUACUAUUCUUUAUACGUGUGGGAACUUUUUCCCCAGGUGUUUCUGGAUUUCUACCUGUUGGACGUACAUCAAACCCACCUGUAACAGUUUCACCUGGAAAUGAUUAGACGCGGAUGAAACUAAUCAGAAUGUGCUUGGGAUUCUAGGAUUCCGUGUAUGUGUUGGAUACUACCAUUGUCAUCCCUAAGUGUUGAGGACACGGUUAGGGCAACAUGAGCCUUGUGUUCCUCAGUAUUUUACCUAUAUUUCUGUGUUCACACCUGACAAGUGGAGACCUUGGCCCACCCAUCACCAUAGCGAGGUGCCGCGUUAAUUGUCUUCAAGUGACCUUGAAAAGGAAUGCCCGAAUAGAUGAUGCAGUUUGUCAACGGAAAAACAGUUGUCGGAUGUGUUGGGACCUGUGUCCAUAUCUGUUCAGGAGUUAUGACGUGUGGGGGCCUCUAUGUGACAACCAAGUCAGAUGUUACAAAGGAUGCAAAACGGCAUGCGCAUUCAAGCAUAAAGUUCCGACAGUUCCGAAGAAUCAGACCAUAACUUGGGAUUUUCCUGAGAAGCCCUUUCUUGAAGUGUACAGAGACACACAGAGGUGUCAGGUGUUCUGGUCCCGUCCUGUACCAUCUGUUCCAAUCACGGGAAAGGCGCCGUUUGUGUACAUCCUUAUGGCACGUGACUCAACUAUAAAAGACGGCCAUUGGAGACAAGUCAGUCAGACUGCGUCAGAAACUGUUGCUCUAGCUCAGACCGAGCUCCCUUUUUCACCUGAAUUCUGGCUCAUGGCGGUAAACAAGAACGGGACUAAAGUAGAUAACUUUGUUGAUGCAGGUUAUUCACCUAUAGAAGGAUCAAUGACAGUGAAAGAUGUUGACGAAGUUCGGGGGAUAGCGUCCACAGGAAAGUUGAAUUUGACUGUCAAAAUGCUAGAGAGCCAUAUAGACGGUAAAGUUGAAGCAUUAAUCGAAUGGAACCAUCCGACUCACAUCCAGUCACAUGGGGAACAACAAAUAACGUACGCUGUCCACAUCUUUCUGCAAGAAUGUGGGAUCUUUGAGGACAGUCCGCACUGCAACAUACCUCCCCAAUAUUUCGAAUAUGAAGUGGAAUUUCGCUUCUCUGACAAGCCGUCGUCGAGUAUUGAGGUGAUGUACAAUGCCCAGUACAUGGUAAUGGUUGAGUACCAAGACCAGUCAGGAGUGUUCAGUCAGGACAAAGACUUCCUUACGCCCUUCUGUCCUGAUGUGGACGAGGAAACUUUUAAGUACUGUCCUCCAGAUACGUCGGCCUCUACCAAUAUCCCUAACGCAGAUGAUCCGGAUUGUCCUCCAGAUACGUCGGCCUCUACCAAUAUCCCUAACGCAGAUGAUUCGGAUGAAGAAACAGAAAACUUGCUCUGGAACAUCCGUUUGGUUCAGAUGAUGUAUAAUGAAAUUACCAAGAAUGUGGAAGCGACUUUCAACUGGACAGUGCCCUUCAACAAUUCUAAUAUAUUGUACUAUGAAGUUUUCUGGAAAGUACAAGAGACACCUGAGCAAACAUACACAGAGGGAGGAAGGCGUAAUUUCACAACAACCAUCUUCAAUACUGCGCUAAUCAACCUGGAACUUAAACCACAUCUGAACUACGUUAUGGUGGGGAAAGUGAAAUACUAUGAUGUCGACCGCUUUAUUCAGACUUACACAAGUGAAUAUCUUUACUUUGAUACCAAUAACACCGACGCCAUGUACAAGGAACCACAACGAGUUACAGAUAGUAGAGAUCUCAGCUGGAAGAACCUGAAUGAUAUUGUGGUUGCAGCCACCUGUAUAGCAACGGUUGUCAUGGUUAGCCUGAUAGUCUUAUUCAUUUACAUGAAACGUCAGAGUUUCAAGGACAUAAUCAUAUCCAAAACAGCCGUGGCCAAGAGUAACAGUUACAAGUCGAACGUUGGAUGUAAGGUAGACUAUUCUAACCAGCUGUUGGUAAUGAGCGACGAGUGGGAAUUGGAUCCACGAUUCCUCAAGUUCGCCAGUCCGAUCGGCCAAGGUGCAUUUGGAAAAGUCGUCACGGGCUAUUAUAAAGAGUCGCGGGUCGCCAUUAAACUUGUCAGAGACAGUGCACCUCUGUCCUACAAAGAGGACCUGCUUGCGGAAAUCAAUCUAAUGAAGAGAAUAGGCUCCCAUCCAAACAUUGUUUCUAUGAUCGGAGCUUGCACUUUGACAGAACCAAUCGCAUUGGUGAUGGAAUACGUUCCCUAUGGCAACCUACAGAAUUUCCUGAAGAAAUGUCGGUUGGAAGGUGACCUCCAGAAACGAGCAGGCCGUCCCAGUGAGGUCGUUUACUCCAUUAUGGGAGUGAACGGUGGAAUAGAGAGUGGGGUCAUCACUCCAGCAGACAUGCUUUCAUUUGCAAGACAAGUUGCCAUGGCAAUGGAAUAUUUGUCUGAGAAGAAAUAUGUCCAUCGUGAUUUGGCAGCCAGAAACAUUUUACUAGACUACAAUAAGGUGGUCAAGGUUUGUGACUUUGGUCUGUCGAGAGACAUCUACAACGACAAUCAGUAUCACAAAGUGACCAGCGGAAAAUUACCCCUUAAGUGGAUGGCCAUAGAAUCCUUGAGAGACCGUAUCUUUACCACUCAGAGUGAUGUUUGGUCGUUUGGUAUUCUUCUAUGGGAAAUCGUAACCAUGGGCGGCUCACCAUAUACCAACAUAGCAUUGGCAGAUCUUUACUAUGUCCUGGCGAACGGUUACCGAAUGGAAAAGCCAAGCAAUUGCUCAAAAGAAUUAUAUGCUAUAAUCCGUCGCUGUUGGAUGGAGUCUCCGUCCGAGCGGCUAACAUUUUCUGGUCUUCGUGUGGAGAUCGAGCAACUCCUGAGUCGGGACCGGGACUAUCUGGAGCUAGAAAACAUUGACGUGCCCCUUUCCACGUCGGAGACUAGUAGUAUUCCUAAAUCAGAAAACGAUACUAUUUCUCUGUUAACGGGACGGUCAACGCAACCACAAAAAUCAGUGACAAUAUCAUUACCUCCUCCAGAGUCCCCGACGGGAGUUGUGUUAGUUGAAAAGUCAACUGAGUGGCUGAUUCGGGGUCGGGAUGAGGAGACAAUGUCCUGAAUGAUUUCUUUCUUGUGUUAAUUUACCCAGUGUUCACCACAGACCAAAGUUGCUACACCUGUAAAGGCGCGUUGGGAUUAACGUUUUCCUGAAAGUUAUCUAAAAUAUCGACGAAACUCAAAACAAACAAUUACCCAACAUCUCUUUGAACAGGAUGAGGGAACCUGCAAAACAAAAUGUGAUAUAAUGAUAUUAAUUUGCCGUGACGCAGACAAUGUAAUAUCAAGAGUCGUUAAGCAGUUAUCUACUGUAGCCGUGGUAAGAAAACAGUUUUGUAAGACAGGGUACAAAAGGCAGGUGUCUGUCUUUAUAUUGACACUUGGACCACCGUGGGAAUGCAGGGAAUAACAUGAAGUCAAAUUUCCUAUAGACGGACAAACCUGUGUGUCAAUUUAUAGUUGGCAUGUGUUGUGAGGGCAAAACAUGUCUCAUGUUGGACCAUUAUCUUUGUGUUAAAUGUCUGUGCAAUGGACACAUAAAACAAGCACAAAUUGUUUCUCAAGUGGUGUUCUUGCCACUGAAAGACGAUGUUUCUUAUUAUUGUUUAAUUGAUUGGAGGGAACUAAUGUAAAAAGCGCACAAUGUUGGGUAAGUGCACUCGUUAAAGCAAUAGGUCAUUAAAUAAAACUAUCAUUAGUUCAUAAUGUAAACAGAAAUGACCAGUUAAAGGAAAUAUAGAUAAUUUAACAGUGUCUUUGCUGCCUUUCAUGUUUAGCUUUUGUUCAUGGGAAAGAGUUUUGGGUAGGUUCUUAUUUCAUCUCUUUGAAUCAAACAAAAGAGUUUUUUCAGGUAAACAAAGAAAAUUGAUAAAGGACCAGCUCCAUGUAUCUUCCGAGACCUUCUACUAUGUUGACAGUUUUUGUAAAACAAAAAAAUCUGGAAUUCUCCUUGUCCCUUGUGAGUUAUCAAUUGCCGUAAUUUAGGUAUAAUUUAUUACGUAGGAGCACUUUUCUGUUUAGAUUUUUUCUUUGUGGUAAUUACCGAAUGGUUUGGGGAGCUGGAAUCCUCACACGCUUGCUACAGUCUUCACGGAGAUGUAAUUUUCUACAUGGAAGCCGUGAAAAAAUGAAAAUAAUUAUAAAAUAGAACAUAGAAUCAUGUCUUACAUCAAAACAAGGUGCAGCUUGGUUAGUUACUCCGUACUGUGUGUAAUAUAAAUUUCAAACAACAAAGCCGUGUGUAGCAAUGGUUUUCAUAAAUUAUACGUUGGAAACAAUUGGAAUAUGUACUUAAACCUAUUUUUGUAAUUAUGUUUGGAUAGGGGCAUUCCUAAUUAUAUGUUUGUCUGUUGAAUCUCCUGCUGGCUCUUAUGGCAUGUUCAAAGCCUUACCUGAAUAAUAGACGUCAGAUGCUUAUCAAAUUUUGUUAAGAGUUUCAAACUUACUAUCAAGGAGAACAAACGCCUAUAAAAUGCCUGUAUAGAUUCAGAACUAAAUAUUUUGAAUAGAUAUGUUCGAUAAUGUAAUGCAGAUACUGUUGUGUUCUUAUUAUAGUGUUUUAAGGAUAAUGGUAUGUCUUGUUCUGUAUAUUUCUGUGAAAAUUGUUAUGUCCAUAUUGUUUUAUGUUUUAUGUGUAUAUAUGAUGGAUAUUUAUUUUGCAAUCUCAGGUAGAAUUCAUUGAAUAACGUGUAAAACAUCACGAUUGAAAUGGCAAUUCGAACGACAAUGAAUUGUGUCAGUCAUCUUAAUCCCUCAUGUUAGUUGCAAUGUACGUUGUUUAAUUUUUACUGUAAAUAAUUAACCACAGAUGUUGCACUUGCUUCAUGGAACCAUUUCAAAAAGUAUCUGUCGGAUCUUUUAUAAUGAAUCAAAUCUUAUAUGUCAGAUGUUUUCUAUAGGCUGUUUCUUAAAUACAAGAUACUAGAUAUUUCCCUAAUUAAACAUAUCGCAGACAAAUGUAAGCAAAGCGAUAAAUGAUUAAUCUACAUUGCAAUUAUAUUUUAUUAAAUGUCAUGGUAACAGUUAAGUACAUUUUAUACUAAAGUAGAAUGACAGCUCAAAAACAGAAUCUGUUGUUAAUUCCAUAUCAAGUGUACAAAGGACAGUUUGCAUCAUUGCUUACAAUGUGUAAAUUAUAUACAAAUGUUAUUUAGUGUAUACCGCUGUUGUUAAUUUCAAUGCUACGGUUAUAUCUUGAUAAAGUAUAGCUAAACGGUACAUAUACAGAAUGAAAGUUGAUGUCUGCAUUUGAAUUUUAAGUAAAUUUGAUCUAUUUUGAUACACACAAAAAAAAACUUUUUGAAUUAGAUAUUUCCAUUCCAAUAUUCGAUUUUUCUAUUAUUCAACGUGAAAAAACUAUCAACGUUCUCAUAUUUCAUCAGAGGUGUUUAUUCUGCUUAAAGGUCCAUUAUGCUCGAGACACUUGAUAUCUGGUAGAAAUAUGUUGCAUAUUCUUAAAAUUGAAUAUCUCGUAGAAGUUUCUACCAUCGUAGUUCUUCUUAUCACCGACCGUUACAAACUGAUGCCAAACUUCUCCAAAGUCUAUCCACUUAUCUUUAUAUUUCAGAUAAUUAAAUGGGUGUCGAGCAAUUUGUGAUAAGCGGUUGUGUUUAAAAUUUUAUUAAUAUAUUGUUAGUUAUUUUCUUGGGAAUUGUCCAGAAGUAAUUAGUGUAGUCUUUACUAGAUAUUACAGUGUCUGUGACCUUGGCCAUUCUUUCUUAACAAUAUCAUUUAUUAUCACCAAGUCUUUAACAAAUUCCUACGGCACAGCAGCAGUUGAAAUUCUCACUGUCGUUGUAAAUGGGAUUUUCAGAUAAAAGUGUUCAUCAAAAGAAAAGCAAUUUCAAAACUGAUAUACAAAAUAUAGCCUUGAAUGUAUUAUCAUUAUUUGCCCGUCAGCUGAAUAUUCGGUUAUUUUAAUUUUACGAUAAUUGCAUGGACUCUGAGUUUUGAUAAUACAAAAAAUAAUGCAAAUAAUUUAUGUUAUAAAGAUUAAAAAAAGAAAUGUUAUAUCGGUCAUUUGUGAAUUUGAUCUUAUCGCAUUGAAAAUUAUAGACCAUUAUUAACAAAUCCGCGACGUGAGUCAAACAUUGUUUUAAACAAACAUAACUGCGUAACAAUUUUAAUUGGUAUGAGUCUGGAUAUAAAUGAGACGAUAAUUUUAAUUGGUAAAGUGAAUAUAAGGGAAUUUUAAAUGAAAGCAACAUUGAUAAUUGAUGUUGAAUCAUUCUCUUUGUAUUGAGAAUUUAUUCAAGGUUAUUGUCAUCAAGUAAAGCACAAUGAGUCAGUGUUUUUGUGGUAGUUGUAUGUUACUUGCUCAUACAAUAAUUCUCGGAGUAUGUUGGAAAAGGCAAUAACACAGAGGGGUGAGUCAGUGGCCUCGCCAUAUGUUGAGAUGUCUGCGUCUAAAUUAUGUUUAAUUAUUAUUGUGUCUGUUGGUACUAUCUUCACUCGCUUUAAAUAAAUAUCUCCUUUUCUCCUUAGGCAAAGCACCCAGAAAAUGACGUCAUAGAAACUAAGAUUCACUAUUCCUAUCUCGUAUCACGCACUUAAACUGCAAUUUAGACAUCUAGUGUAUUGCUGUAUCAACUUAGGUACCACCAGUACUGGAUUAAUACCUAAUUUAAAACAAAUACAAAAAAAAUAGUAAAACAACCGCUGAAGUGAGAAUAUAUAAACAAGCACGAUUACGUUAACCAGGAUAGACCAUAUUACUGAAAGUCGUCAUGUUUUCUAUCUGGUAUAUUAGCGCCAACUCGUCAGGUAAAUUACAAUAGAACUAAACAACAAACUUAUCACCCUUUAUUUGGUUUCUUAUAUAAAGGGAAUAUUUCAGAAAUGAAUUAUUUUAUUGUUAUCAAAAUAUGUUAACGAUUUUUAAGAACAUGGUCCAAUCACUCACCCAAAGAAUUCCAAAAUCAGCCUGUUAUCUUCCCAGAGCAUAUAAAACAUGUUGCAAAUGAGCCGCAACGUUUCUCCUGAUAUUGCUGUGAAUAUUUUUAGUAAUAUAUGUGUGACUGCACGUGUGUGAGAGAGAUGAUAUGUGGGUAUAAGGUACACGUUACAAUUCUAAACGAGGGAUGAUAUAUAUAUACAUGGCCAGUAUGAUACCCAUGUAAAUAAACACGCAUUUUAUUGGUUCAACCAUAGUCCUAUAUUUGUCCACUUGUGCGCCAAAGUUAUUGAUGCCGUCCUUUCUGGCAGCUCACGACUGCCGUAGUUUACAUUUUGAUGCCAGUGUUGGGCUAUCAUAUACAACAUUUUGUAUAGUUAUGGUCGGCCUUUUAGUGCUGACGUAUGUUAUUAUGUUGCUGUUAAAGCUUUGAAUCAUGUACAUAUGUCACAAUAUCAUCAUGUGAUCUAUUUAUAAAUGAAUUGUCCGAGUAAAGCUACAUAAAAUGUUUGAAAACUUGA